UACCCACCCAAGCUAAAAUAGGGACGGCCUUCUUUACAACAACAGUGUGCAUAACGAACAAACAACAGUGUGAAAGAUUAAAGUUUUCGGGAAAGUUUGUAGGAAUCGAUCCUACGUCGGCAGUUGGUUUCUUUAUCAGAUGCAGUUUACUCGGUGACUAUAUUUGGUGUAUAAACGUGACAGAUUUAUAACAUGGAGAAUGGGCAAAACCGACUCCGUAAGGCUCAGGAGGAUGUGGAUGAAGUGAAGGUCAUCAUGCUGGACAACCUAAACAAGGCAGAUGAGCGAUCAGCGAAACUUGGGGAGUUGGAGGACAGAGCUGAUGAACUACGGCAAAAGGGAGAAGCCUUCUCAAAAACCUCAGCUAAGGUGAAACAAAAGAAGCGCUGGGAGAAUAAUAAGCUUAAAGUGAUAAUGGCAGCAGUAAUAGCUGGAGUGGUCAUCCUCAUAAUUGUGAUUAUAAUUAUGUAUACGAUUCCAGGUAGUGAAACUGCUACCUCAAGUAGUAAAAUAGCUGAAACUCCACUGCCAGAAACUGAAAAUGAAUCAGGAUGAGGUCAUCCUUAUAAAGGUAUCGGAUAAAAAAUGUAAAAUAUACAAUUUAAAUAUGUGGUUCUACUUAAUAUCAGUUUGCUAAUAAUGUGGUGGGUCAUACAAAAAUGGUACCAUGGCAUCAACUUAAUUUUUGCUUUUAUCUUCAUUUUUACAAUGGUAACAGUUAUCAUGUGCACUUGUUGGACUAAACUGAUUAAUCACUUAAAAAAACAUGGACGGGUGAGAUAAUCUCAAGACAACUUUUGUGUCAAGCUUUACUUUCUAUUAGUCAUGGUGGAAUAGAAAGUUUCUUGUUACUUGGGUGGGUCUACAGAAAUGUAUAUUAUUGCCAAUGUUUUCAGCAUGAACUUGUACAUUUAAAUGUGUUUCAAAAUGUAAUGUGAAAGAUUUUGACAUGUUAAAGGGAUUAUUAACCCCCCAAAAAUCUCUUAACCUUGUUUUUCUUUUACUCCAAACCCAUAUCAAGUAUUUGCAUAAAACACAAGUAUUGGAUAGAAUGUACAGUCAGUCACCAUUUACUUUCUUUGAAUGGAAGAAGGUGACGAAUGAAAGUGGUUAUUUACUUUUACAUUUAUACAUCUUAUUUAGUUCCAUGAAAGAGAGUUGCAGAUAUUAAACAGCAUGAGUUUGAGUAAAAUAUUUUUCAUGUUUGAGUAAAAUGUUAUUAAAUGUAGUAAAAAUUAAAAAUGUCCUGGUAUAUAAUUUUUAGAUUUCUAAUAGCAUUGGAUAGUGCCUCAUUUUUAACUCUAAAAGACAUUUUUUAAAGCGGAUCCAGCAUCAAAAACGAAUCCAUAUGGUUAUUACAUGUCUUACAAGGCAAAGCAAUGAGCUUUUGUAGGAAAACAUUUAUAUUUCAAACUUUAUAAACUACAGCCUGUUCUCAAGAUAGUUGAGGUCAGACAAACACAUUGCUUCACUUCAGAAUAAUCAUAUGGAUUAGUUUCUAUGGGUGGAUGCGCUUUUGGAGCUUUAGAAAUGGGGCACUAUCCAAUGCCAUUAUAUAAAGCUGAAAAGGAUUUUUUUUAAUUUUACUGAAUAUAAGGUCAUAUACACCUAUGAUUGCAUGAGGAGCGUGAAUAGCAUGAGUUGUUCAAACCCCGAUUGCUUUCUUUUUUUAUCUGAACCAAAACUGAUUUGUUUAAAGGUUUUCUGUUAAAAUGGGAGUGUAUUGUGGCUCUUCUCAAGUUCAAAAGGACGCAAAACAAUAAUUUUAAAUUUAUGCAACUUGUGCCAUAGAUAUCAGGUUUCCAAAAGCACACAAAUGGGUUUGGUAAAAAACAAAAAAAUAUAUUAAUUAUAAAAUAUGUAAUUCAUUAUUUGAAAUUAUGAAACUCUACACCUGUUUCUCUUAGUUUGAAUUUUUCUGUACCUGCAUUUUAGGAUGUUUUAGGCAUAGGACAUUAUAUUAUAUAUACCCAUGUAUUCUUAACGUAAAAGCAUUUCAAUACUGCAGUUGUAACUUGAGAGAGAUAUCAAACUUUUGCUGCUAAAAUCAGCUCGAUUUCUUUUUGUAUGUGUGUGUAUGUUGCUUAUGUAAAUACAAUUGUCUAAAAAAAUCAUUUUUGUAAUGUAUAUUUAUUUAGACAUUUAUUGCAUUUCACUGUUUGUUGUCUUUUGUAAUGGAGCUUUUGUAAUGUCAAAGGGUGAGAGUAUAUCUGAAUUGGCAUGCAGUCAAACUAAGGAAGCAUCAACUGGUGCUGAGAUAAGAGGUGAGCUUUACAAAGUGUGUAAUUGUGAGUAUGUUGUAUUUGUAAAUUUAAUGCAAACAAGCAUUGGGGGUGG